AUGGAAUCAAUGGAGGAAGAACAAUGUUUACAUCAAUGUGAAAGUUAUAUUCAAAGUCACAAUGUUCAGUUAUUGUUAAAAGAUUGUAUCGUACAACUGUGUUUAAAUAAGCCUGAAAACCCUGUUACGUUUUUGCGACAGUAUUUUCAAAAGUUGGAGAGAGAACAAGUAAAGGCUGCUGCGGCAGCUGCAGCUACAUCAGAGGGCGAAGGCGAUGGUGAGCUGUCGCCGCUACCACUGCCCGGCGGCCAGCUACCACGUCGACGCGGUGGCAUCAGUGCUGAGCCUGUCACUGAGGAGGAUGCAACCAGCUAUGUUAAAAAGGUUGUGCCGAAAGACUACAAAACAAUGGGAGCGCUGUCGCGCGCAAUUGCUUCCAACGUGCUAUUUACUCAUUUAGACGAGUCGGAGCGGGCAGACAUGUUCGACGCCAUGUUUCCAGUGCAGUGUCUGCAAGGCGAGACUGUUAUUCGUCAGGGUGACGAAGGCGAUAAUUUCUACAUCGUCGACUCUGGAGAAGUUGAGGUGUUAGUGAACGGUGAAGUGGUGACCACAAUAAGCGAAGGGGGCAGCUUCGGCGAGCUAGCAUUGAUAUACGGCACUCCGCGUGCCGCUACCGUGCGCGCGCGUUCGCAGCUCAAGCUGUGGGGACUAGAUCGCGACUCUUACCGCCGCAUACUCAUGGGCUCCACUAUACGAAAACGACGCAUGUAUGACGAGUUCCUAUCGAGGGUAUCCAUACUAGAAAGCUUGGAGAAAUGGGAACGCUUAACAGUCGCGGAUGCUUUAGAGCCUGUGUCCUUCAACGACGGAGAAAUAAUUGUGCGUCAAGGAGAGCCGGGGAAUGAUUUUUACAUUAUUGUCGAAGGAACAGCGGUGGUGCUGCAGCAGCGCGGGGCGGGUGGCGAGGCGGUGGAGGUGGGGCGGCUGGGCCCGUCCGAUUACUUCGGCGAGAUCGCGCUGCUGCUGGACCGACCGCGCGCCGCCACCGUGCGCGCCGCCGGUCCGCUCAAGUGCGUCAAGCUCGACCGCGCCAGGUUCGAGAGAGUGUUGGGACUUUGUGCUGAUAUUUUGAAACGCAAUAUAGCUCAAUACAACAGCUUCGUGUCACUGUCCGUCUAG